GUGUUGACCAUGGAGGCAGUAGACAGUACCCGUACCUCCUCCAAUGACAUCGUGGAGAUCCUCAAUGUGUUGGGUAUCAAAGCCUGUAGGAAGGCUUUACUCAAUGAGUUGCGACAAGUGAUCAGUUUCGAUGGCUCUUACGUUAACUAUCGCCAUAUGUCGGUACUGUGGGACACGAUGUGCCAGAAGGGACAUCUUCGCCCCACUUCGCGUGGUAUGCUUAUCUAUAUAU